AUGGUCAAACGCGAAGUUAGAGGGAAGAUUUCCAGAAACGAAGCCUUCAACCCGAUAAAGCAGGAUGUCAAGAACUACAGCCCCCGAUUCGUAGCGAAUCUCUUCCCUUAUAAAGGCUACAUCUGGAACUAUGGUGCUUUCCCAGGAACAUGGGAAGACCCCUCUUAUGUGCACCCAGACACGAGGCACCCUGGUGACAAUGAUCCUCUGGAUGCCUUGGAGAUUGGUGAACGGGUUGCGUAUACUGGUCAGAUAAAACAAGUCAAGGUUCUUGGAGUGAUGGCUCUCCUUGACGGCGGUGCAACAGACUGGAAAAUUAUAGUUAUCGAUAUCAAUGACCCAUGCGCGAGCCAAAUGAGCGACAUCAGUGACGUACAACAGCAUUUUCCAGGGCUUUUGGAGGCAACACGAGACUGGUUCAAGCUCUACAAAGUUCCCGACGGGAAAGAACCAAACAAAAUCGCCUUGAACGAAGAGUUUGGAGAUAAGCAUUAUGCAAUGUCAAUAGUCGAAGAAUGUCGACAUGCAUGGGAAAAACUGAUUGAUGGCCAGGCGUCUGCAGGUGCCAUAAGUGUUGUCAGGGGAAAGAAAAGUAAUAGAUUCUUGAAUUUCAACAACUCUGCAGAUGAAAAUGGGCUUCAAUCGACGGGACAGGACUUGGACAAGUGGUUCUUCCUCAAGAGAUAG